AUGACCAGCACAUCAUCAACUCCAUACCUGGAUGCUCUUCGACGAGAUGGCUUUGUGAAGAUACCCAACUUGCUGUCACCUCAACUUCUUCUGGGCUUGAAAGGAGCGAGUAAAUAUACCACAGACCGUGCAAGGCGAGGUCAGUGGCCGUAUGUCCGUACCGUCCCUAAACAAUACCCACCGUGGCAAGAAUGGCAGUCCGGGGACAACAUCUGGGGAAUCCAACACCUGCUGCACCCAGACAUGGGAACCAGGGACACUUUCGCCGAGGUAUAUUUUUCAGAAGAAGUUCUCUCUGUUGUCAAAGAGCUACUCGGACUGAAAGAUGAUCCUCACGGUGAUGAGGAAUUGGUGAUGGAGCUUUUCAAUCUGCUCGUCAGUCCUGCCGACAAUCAGGACUUUGAAUUGUGCUGGCAUCGAGACGAUAUCCGGCCAGAUGUAACCCCUGAAGAAGAAGAGAAACAGCUCAAAGAGAAGAGUCCUGGUGGCCAGCAGCUGCAUGCUCAAUACAAUAUUGCACUGUUCGACGAUGCCUCACUUAUCGUUGUGCCGGGGAGCCAUCGGCGUGUGCGCACCGAAAGGGAACGAAAUGCCGGGCCAUACGAGACAAACUUACCCGAUCAACUCUUGGUUGAAUUGGGACCCGGUGAUGCAGUUUUCUAUGAUAGCAAUAUCCUGCAUCGAGGAGUGUAUAAGGGUAUUGACGCCUCUCAGGAGUUAGGCAGGAUGACUCUACACGGCUCGGUUGGUCUGGCCGGCCAUAACACUGAGCGAGCAAGGCAGGUACUGCAACAUGCCGUUGGUGAUUGGGUUGGGAGGGCACAAUUUUCCAUGGAAGGGCCAAAAGGCCGUCGAGCUGAGGCCAUGAGAACGAGACUGGUGGCGAUGGGUACGGGGGAAAGCCUGGGUUACUCACUCGUUGGUUAA